CCUAUAAGCUUCCUAUAAGCAUCUUGUAAAUAUAUUUUCGCCAUAACGUCAUAGCGACCGCUGUUAUAAGUUUUUUAUAUUACGACAUUUAUUGAAAAAAAAUGAAUUUGCUUAGCCGAUGGGUUCUUUUCUUCGGUUCUUCGUUUUCCGAUUUUGUCAACGAUUUACCAUUGAUAUAGUAAUAAAAAAAAGAAACGACAUUAAGCCAAAAAGACAUACGCCUUCGCGGAAAUAAAUAGGUUCUCAGAUCUGUCGUUAGACGCGCACAGAUAAGCCUUUUUGCUUCUAAGAUCUGAGUCCUGCCUAUAAAACGAAACGUAAGUAGUAAUGUUUGAAAACCAAUGAGCGCCUAAUGAAGGUGGAGCCUGCGAAGAAAAUCUCCACCUACUCUUAAAACGCUCUAUUUCUCCUCUCCUCGUAUGUUUCACUGCGUCGCUUCUGAUGACGACCGAGGGAGAGAGAGAGAGAGAGAGAGAGAGAGAGAGAGAAACAGAGAAAAAGAUGCGAAGAGACAAGAGGAGAAUCUUUCAGUACGUCUCAAGUCGGUUUAGUCGGCUGAUAUCCCAGUACCCCAAGUAAUAUCUUCUCCCUUUUGCAUUUUUUCAAGUUCUUGCUUUUCGUUGAAAAACGCGCGAAAUUAAUUCUUUCUUUCUUUCUUUCUUCCUUAAAGAUGAAAAUUUGACACAAGUUUGACGCAUGUAACAGCAAUUAGAUCGAAUAACACCUUGUGGAUUCGGUAGAUUAAACAGCGCAAAAAGAUUUAUACGAUCAGCGUUUCGUUGAUUAUCACGACCCCAACUUGUGUAAUAGAUAACUCGUAUAAAAUUAAAUGAUACCUUACAAAUCGAUAGUAGCAAAGUUUUCUUCCUUCCAUCGGUAUCACAGUCAAAAAAGUAUCUAUUUUCUAAAAUAUAUGACGGACAAAAUAUCGUCAUGCUUUGACGGUAACUUUGUUCAAUCGAUGAAACUAAGUGACUUAACGUUGAGGUGACAUCACAAAAAGAAGAAUAAAAUAGAAAAUAUUUAAGAAUCAUUCAAACGAACUGAGAGCAAAAUGAUCGGCGCGAAUAUGGAUCAGGAUGGUAAUAACAUAAUAACGUCGCAAUCAACGAAUCCUCAUGCGUCACAAGAUUUCACUGUUUCACGACUAUUAUCAACGUCGACGAUGCAUUCGUUAGAAUGUCACACAGAAGGAACAUCGGCAAGCAGGAGACCAAGGAGAAGUAGAACAACCUUUUCGGCGCAACAGCUGGCCGCUUUGGAAAGAGUUUUCGAAAGGACACAUUAUCCCGAUGCUUUUGUUCGCGAGGAACUUGCUACUAGAGUAUCCUUAUCGGAGGCAAGAGUUCAGGUAUGGUUUCAAAAUAGACGUGCCAAAUUCCGGCGAAAUGAAAGAAGCUCGGCUCUUAAUCGCAACACGUGUACGAGCAGAGAACUAGAAACUACCACCUUACCACUUCGACCGAUAAGAGUAAGCAACCACGCGCACGAAAACAAUGCGGAAAAUAAUACGUUCCAAGCACAGCAAUUUCCGCAAUAUUCCUAUAGCGAAUAUUGGAGAUCGCCUCAACAUUAUACCGCCGUUCAAAGCAGUAAUUGUCACGGAUUUGUCAACGCUAAUCUUGGAAACGUAGCUGCUUUACCAUCAUAUCAUCAAUCAGCAGAAAUUCACAGUGCCGUCGAAGGAACGACUAUAACUGGUCUAAGCGCAUUGAGAUUGAGAUCACAUCCUUACAGUGCUACAUAUUCCGCCAUGCACGCAAGCAUGUGACUCUUUCUUAAUAAUGAUAAAACGAAGAAAUGCUGCGAUUAAACCUAGACGCCUUCGAUAAUACUUCUCUUUGGUGCUUUAUAUGCUUCCUGUGCUUGCUUCCAAGAGAUUCGAGCAUUUGCACAGGAUUCGUUUGUUGAAACCAAAAAUGCUCUUGCUCUCAACUGUAAUCAACAAGGUUGAGUUAAAACUUAUCUAUUACAAAAAUUCAAGUUAAUAUAAUAAUCAAGACUUUUACUC